AAACUUCAUUCUUAUAAAUCUUGGUAACUUUUGUUUGUAUGGUAAGCAGGGUAUCUAAAGUGGACCAUAUAGCAUGUUGAAUCUUUCUGACAUGCAUGCCAUCAUCUAUAACCGUGGUCCUGCUGCACUUGCAAGGUUGAAGGUUUACGAAGGGGUUCCCACUCCUUACAACAGGAAGAAGAGGAUGGUUAUCCCCGAUGUUCUCAAGGUUUUGAGGCUUACAGUUGGACACAAGUAUUGCUUGCUUGGCCAAUUAUCAUCUGAGGUUGGCUGGAAUCACUAUGAAACCAUCAACGCAUUUGACGUAAUCUACCUGUUAAAAUAGAGAAAUCCUUGCCAAGGCUAAGUUUAGUUGUUGUUUUGGGAAGGUAGCUUCCUCAAUAGUGGAUGAUCAUAGAGGUAUGGAAAUUUAUAUAUAAUUCAUGCUUCAAGUAGCGUUUCUUUAACUCUUUUUCCACUUACAUAGUAAUAAUAGCUUGUGUGAUGCUAACAAUUUUCUUGGAAACUUUCAAUAAACAA